AUGGCGGCACCAGGGAUUACUCGUUGGACACGACUGGGUUACGCAACCGGAACCCUGUCGUUCACCACUAAAGAUGUGGCUUUCGGAUCCUUUGUCCUGUUCUAUUACGUCAGCGUUGUCGGCCUCAGCGGCACCCUUGCCGGGGCGGUAUUGUUUAUCGCCCUGGCCUGGGACGCCGUCACCGACCCGAUCAUAGGCUCUCUUUCGGAUAAUCUACGCAGUCGCUGGGGUCGGCGGCACCCAUUGAUGGCGGUCAGCGGCAUCCCCCUGGCCAUCUGUCUCUUUCUAUUGUUCAGCGUCCCGGAGGGUAUGAGCCAGAUGGCUAUCUUCUUCUGGAUGCUGACUGUCUGUAUUGCGCUUCGGACCUUCAUUACUCUGUUUACAGUACCUUAUCUGGCUUUAGGCGCUGAGUUGUCAAACGACUAUAUCGAGCGAUCAAAAAUAGCGGGCGCACGCACCCUGUUCGGUUGGCUGGCCGGAAUCCUGAUGACUGCCGGAGCCUGGUUUUUUGUAUUUGACUCAAGCGCAGGCAUCGACGGCAGACUGGUUAACGCCAACUAUUACCUUUGGGGUGGAAUCUCCUUUCUGGUGGUCGCCGUUUUUACCACCAUUUCAAUUGUGGUGACGCGCAACCGUAUCCCUUUCCUACCACAACCCAACAUAACCAACCGAUUCAGUUUCAAACAGCUUGGUAUCGACCUGCGACUGGCGUUCAAAAACAGCAACUUCAAAUAUCUGUUUUUUGUCAUGUUGACCCUGGGCGUGGCGACAGGUUUAAACGGCGCUCUAGCCACCCACGUGAAUACUUACUUCUGGGAGUUCACCACCGCUCAACUGGCGCUGCUGACCCUGCUGGUCCUUGUGCCGAUCGCCAUCAUGAUGUUUGCCAUGAACUGGCUCAAUGAGAGAAUUGAAAAGCAGACCAUCCUGAACAUCUGCAUCAUCGGCCUGGUCAUCAACACCUGCUGGCUGAUCCCCGGCAGGCUGCUGGACUGGUUACCCAUGAACGGCACAACCGCCAUUUUCAUUAUCGUCACCACCCAGGUGGCGAUCUCUUCGGCUCUGGUGAUCUGGUUUCAGACCAUUUCAGCUUCAGUCAUUGCCGACAUCACCGAUGAACAGGAAUACCUGACUCAUCAGCGCCAGGAAGGUGUGUUUUUUGCCGCCCAGGGAUUUUCGAUUAAAUUUGUCACCGGGUUUGGCAGCCUUGUCGGUGGCGUUGUUGCGCAGCGCCUGGCACUGUAG